AAGAAUAUUGACCUAAAUGUUUGAGCCUAUAUAUACUAUAUGGAUUUACCUCUCAUCACAUCAUAAAAAACACACAUUUUAUUUAUACACCGUGCAAACAUUUCUUCAACCCUAGAUGACUGCUACAUUUUCUUACGUAUAAGAUGUUUACAUAUCUUGAGGUAGGGAGAAGAAGAAGAUGAGCUUUUGUUAGCCAGCGGUAAUAGAACGGCGACGGCGGAAGCGUAAGAGCUUUGCUUGCCGAUGGCGGAUUCAUAUGGCGACGUUUCCGAUGUUGGAACGAUCCAUCUUGGUGGCUAGGUUCAUUCUUUGACUUUCCAAUUUCUAAUCUUAAUGAGUUGUUUGAUUUCUUGAAAUCGGAAUCGAUUAAACUUUGAAAUUUUGUUUCUAACAAACUCUGUCUGGAUCUGACUAGAGAGAGCUUAAGAUCUUUAUGCUUCUGCUUUUGUGAUGUAUUACAGAUUCUGCUCAUGUCUCUGAAAGCUGGAGGAGUUGGUCUGAAUCUAACCGCAACUUCAAGUGUCUUCUUAAUGGAUCCAUGGUGGAAUCCGGCGGUAGAAGAGCAAGCGAUCAUGAGAAUUCAUCGAAUCGGGCAGAAACGAACAGUAUUCGUCAGAAGAUUCAUUGUCAAGGAUACAGUGGAGGAACGAAUGCAGCAAGUUCAGGCAAGGAAGCAGAGGAUGAUUGAUGGAGCUUUGACCGAUGAAGAAGUCCGGUCGGAAAGACUUGAGGAGCUCAAAAUGUUGUUCCGAUGAAAGACUUGGAGAAAGUCUUAUUAGUCUUUUGAACUUCAGAGUUGAGAGUCUUCUUUUUGU